UCCAUAAUCCGGUGUUGUUUCAUCCCGAUGGAACUCAAAACAUGGUGUGAAUAAUUUGGAGGAUGACAUGACGGAAUUCACAAGUCUCAACCAGUUUAUCAAAGAUCAUUUGAUUAAAUGAAUGAAAUAAAAACAAAAAGCAAUGCUGUUAGCACGCUGUCGGCUCUCAGGUUCAGCGAUCCUCACUCACCAGUUGUAUUUUGAGCGCGUCUAACGCGAGUUCUUGGCGCUCGCUGGACGCGGGAGUCCAGACGCUCCUUUUCGGGACCUGACCACAGGGGGGGGUCCAGACCCGUCCGGACUGCGGGUUCCCACACGUCCUUGUCCACUCGAAGACUCGCGCUCUGCUCACGUGCUUCUGCUCCACCCCCGAUAAUUAAUGAACGACCCCUCUGCUCUCGCCCUCUUUAAUAUUAAUUAUCGGGUCGCUCUCGAAUACAAUUUUCUUUUCGUCGUUGCUCUGCCUCUGGUGGAGCCCGAACAGAAGCGUUUCAGUCUGUCAGAGUGCGUUACAGCGAGAGAAAGAACCUGGGGACACCGUAGACGGAAUAAUAAUAGUCCGUGCUGGGUUGUCCAAUGGACUCCACAGUGCUACAAAAGGGACAAAUACAUGUCAUGUAAGAUGUAAGUUAUUUCUGGAUAUUCAUCAAACAAGAAUAAAAUGAUCUCUGUAUAAUGUUCUAUCAAAUGAUGCGUGUGAUUCUUCUGAUAAGUAUAAAUAUAACCCCAGUCACAUACAACCCCUGUUUUGCAUGUGACCGGGCAGAAUAUGAAAUAAAUGGACAGUGUUGUCCUAUGUGCUUUCCUGGAACUCGAGUGUACAGAGACUGUACAGCGCAAACUAGCACUUCCUGUGCCCCCUGUACUGGACCCACUUACACUGACAAACCAAAUGGUCUCACUCAGUGUACCUCGUGUACAGUAUGUGACCAAGGUUUUGGUUUAAAGACAGUGAAGGAGUGUUUAACCACUUCAAACACAGUGUGUGGAGUCCUGGAAGGGAACUAUUGUACAGAUUUUUCUGAAGGAGAAUGCAAGAAAGCAGAAAAACAUACAACCUGCAAACCUGGACAGUUCAUCAGACACCCAGGAACAGACUCUACUGACACUGUGUGUGAGGACUGCCCUGAAAACUCUUACUCCAAUGGAUCUUCUUCGUCCUGUACAUCACACACAGAUUGCGAGUCCAAAGGACUUCUCACGAUGAAACCAGGAGACAGUGUGUCUGAUUCUGAGUGUGGAGAGAAAAAACGGAAGUAUCUUAUAUUCCCA